AAAUAGCUGGAAACCGGCAGGGAAAUGGCCAAAACCCCUCUAAAACCAGGCUGGUCGACCAGUCAACCUAGGCCUAGAGCUCUGUAAUAAUAAAAAAAAUAUUUAUGAACAUUUGGGAACGAAGUAAGUUUCUGGUUAAAACUUAUAUAUACGAAAUAUGAAGUUUAGACGAUUUACGAUGGUAUCGGGUUGCGCCAGUGGCUCGGGGGGAGAUGGCGGCACCCAUCUUUGGGCAGACCGAAAUAAACAGUAACACUACAGGAUCCAAACAAGCUGAAAGAAGAUCUUACGAGAAUGCAAACUCGUAGGAAAGGGGAAGGCAUGGACUGGUUAGUGAAUGGGUCAGAUGAAAAUGACCAUGGUAUGAGGAGAAGGAUGAUAUUGAAAGAGAAGAACGGAUAGUGGUAGGUGAUGGAAGCCACGAAGACGAAGGUUCCGCCAGUGGUGGCGCUCAAGCACCGGAGUGUGACGAGCAUUCGAGUCUACGAGAAGAAGAAGAGAGCGCAAGAGCGUAAACAAAAGGAGUGUAACAAACGUUUCUGAUUAUCUAAAUCAGCUGUUUUUAUCACACUAUUUCACGUCCCACAGCUGAAGAAGAAGAAGAAGCAGCAGCGAACAGGAGGAAUUACUGCAGGAGGAACAAUUGACAUACUAUAGUGAAGAUGGAGAUUAAGGAAGAACCCUGCAGAAUAAAGGAGGAAGAGACAGAGGAGGCAAUAGAUGAAGAUGGAAAUGCAGUCGGCUCACAGACUGAACAAACGUUCGCACAAGCUCUAAAGACUAAACACGAAGAAUCGUUCAGCUGCACUGAAUGUGGGAAGACUUACAAACAUAAAGACAGCCUUUACAAACACAAAAGGGUUCACGGUGAAAAAGUUUUAUUCAUAUGCACCGAGUGUGGGAAGAGCUACUCGGAUAAAUACACGUUCAGAGAUCAUCAGCUCUCUCACGCUGCAGUAAAGCCGUUCAGCUGUGAUCAGUGCGAUAAAACAUUUGUGUUGGAAAAACACUUGAGACAACAUCUUCAAGUUCAUUCUGCUGUGAAGCCUCACGCGUGUUUCUGCGGGAAACGUUACACAACGAUAUACAAGUUAAGAGAGCAUCAGGUUAUUCAUACUGAACCUCAUGUGUGCUCCGACUGUGGGAACACCUUCAGUUCACUAACCAACUUAAAAAGACACCAGAAUAUCCACACUGGAGAGAAACCCUAUCAGUGUUCACACUGUGAGAGGAGUUUCAGUCAGCCAGGAGGCCUGAAAGCUCAUGAGAAAGUUCACACUGGAGAGAAACCCUACGUGUGUUCAGACUGCGGGAAGAGAUUUGGUACGACCAGUAACUUAAUUACACACCGGAGGAUUCACACUGGAGAGAAACCGUAUCAGUGUUCACACUGUGGAAAGAGCUUCUCUCAUUCAGAUUCUUUGAAAGCUCAUGAGAUUAUUCACACUGGAGUGAAACCUCAUGUGUGCUCCGACUGCGGGAAGAGCUUUAGUACAUCAAGCAAAUUAAGAAAACACGAGAGGAUUCACACUGGAGAGAGACCGUAUCAGUGUUCACACUGUGGAAAAUGUUUUGGUCAGUCAGAAACCUUGAGAGUACAUGAGAGAACUCACACUGGAGUCAAACCAUAUAUAUGUUUGACCGUGGGCGGAGAUUUAGUUCAUCAAGAAGCUUACUUUACCGGUUUCGCCAAUGGUGGCGCUGUAGCACCAGAAACAAUGCUGGCCAUCCGAGUCUACGAGAAGAAGAAGGAAGCGCGAAAAAUGUCAACACAGCCGUUUAUAGUGAAGAUGGAGAUUAAGGAAGAACCCUGCAGAAUAAAAGAGGAAGAGACUGAGGAACCAAUAGACGAUGGAAAUGCACAAACUUUCAGACAUAAACAAGCUGGAAAAACUGCAGCCAUAGGAGCUUUCAGGUGCUCUGAGUGCGGGAAGACCUACAAACAUAAAAUCAGUUUCAACACACACAUGAGGACUCACACCAGAGGAAUGUACACGUGCACUCACUGCGGAAAGGAUUUCACUGUGAAAGGAGAUCUGAUCGUACACAUGAGGACUCACACCGGAGAAAGACCUUUCACAUGCACUCAGUGUAACAAGAGUUUCACAGAUAAAAGAAAGCUGAAGUUACACAUGAGACUUCACACGGGGAUAAGACCACACACCUGCACUCAAUGUGGGAGGAGUUUCAUAGAUAAAGGAAAUCUGACAGUGCACAUGAGGAUUCACACCGGAGAGAAACCGUACACCUGCACUCAAUGUGGAAAGAGUUUCACAGAUAAAGCCAAUCUGAAUGUGCACAUGAGGAUUCACACUGGAGAAAGGCCGUAUAAGUGCACUGAAUGUGAAAAGAGUUUCGCACACAAAAACAGUUUAAAGAUUCACCUGCUCUCUCACUCUGGAGAGAAGCCGUUCAGCUGUGAUCAGUGCGGUAAAACAUUCAUAUCAGCAGCAUACUUAAAACAACACCUUCAAGUUCACGCUGCCGUAAAGCCUCACAUGUGUUUCUGUGGGAAAAGCUAUAAAAAAAUGGAAAAGUUAAAAAUACACCAGAGGAAUCACACUGGGGAGAGGCCGUAUGCAUGCUCACACUGUGGAAAGAGUUUCGCUUCUUCAAAAUCGUUAAAACGUCAUGAGAGACGUCAUACUGAGGAAAAGCCGCGGUAA